AUGUCCUCAAAGAAGGGGAAAAAAAACAAACGUGGAGAACGUGGAUCCACUGAAGAAGACACUCGAGCUGGGAAAAAAGCCAACAUGGCGGCAAGCGGCAUGGACACAGGUAUCGAAGAAGCUAUUCAAAUGUUAUCAGAAGAAAGCCAAGAGGAACCAAGUCUUCUUGAGAUAAAGAACAUUCUUAUCGAUAUUCAGAUACAGCUAUCCACUAUUCUAAAGGAAAACAUAGAGUUGCGAAAUGAGUUUGAAGAACUGAAAUGCUCUGUGAACUCCAACAGAAAGGAUCUUAACAGCCUAACAGAAUCAGCAAAUUUCAAUGGAAAAGAAAUCGAAAACUUAAAGGGAUCUCUUAAGAAGGCCACGGGUGCGAAUAAAGAACUGAAGAAUACUAUUUCAUCGAUGAACAACCGACUGAAAACAAUGUAUCAAGACCUAGAGAAUCAGCGCGAGGAAACCGAGCGCCUAUCGGAAGAGCUUGACAACUUAGAGCAGUACUCGCGGAAAAAUUCCGUGGAAAUCCAUGGAAUACCACAAGAUGCCUACACAAACACGGAACAAGUUGUUAUUAAGCUAGCCGAAGCCCUCAACAUUACAGUAGAACCCGAGGAUAUAGAAAUAUCACAUAAAAUUAACAAGGGCAAAGCAAUCAUCGCUAAAUUUGUAAAUCACAAAGCAAAGGCGAGGCUGUACAAAGAGCGAACAAAACUAAAGGAUGUGAGGUUGCAUGAUCUGUUUCCAGGAUACCCUUCUUCUGGUAACCGUAGAAUAUACUUAAACGAGAACCUAACGCCAUAUAGAAGAGAGCUGGUUGAAGAAGUUAACAAACGCAAACACGAUGGAACUCUUGUCAGUGUGUGGACCUUGGACGGAAAAGUUUAUGUCAAGACCUCGCCGUCGGGGUCUCCGAUCAGGAUUAAUUUUCUAAGCGAUUUAAACGAUUUGUAAGGUUGCAUACUUUCCACAUUACCAACUUAUAACUAUAACCGGAUGCAAAGUGUGGUAAUUUUACGAGCGUUGGAGUUAUCUGCUUCAAAGGUGAGCUUAAGCUGGCUAGUGUUUUGGUUAACGUGUUUCCCUGUAUUAUUUUUAUUUUAUUUAUUUUAUUUCUUCUUCUUCUUGUUGUACUUAGAUUUUUCGAGUGUUUUUCUAUUCUAAUUUUUCUCUUACUGGGUUUAUUUAUUAAUCUUAUCAAUGCACAAUCAGUAUCCUUUACUUGCUUUCAAAGUAUGUCUACUACAUUCACGCCUUUCGUUUGUUCAAUCACACCUUCGGCUCUUUUGUUUUUCAGCUAUGCAGUCCCACAAUUUGCAUACAGUAACACAAAAGUUAGUUGUUUGAUGCUUUUAAACUAAUAUCGCUUAAUGUGAAGGGCUUAAGUAAUUUCCGCAAAAGAAGAACCAUCUUUCUCUGGUGUCGUAAACGUAAGGCAGACCUGGUUUUUUUGCAAGAGACGCACUCGAUCGCUGCAACAGAGUAUCAAUGGAGAAAUGAAUGGGGUGCUGAGAUAAUAUCUUGCCAUGGUAGUUCAAAUGCGCGAGGUGUUGCGAUUUUGUUUAAAAAUGGUAUUGAUUGCAGCAUUAAUCAUAAAAUUGUAGACCCCGAGGGGCGAUACAUUAUUUUAAAAGCUUGCAUCCAAGAUAAAGUCUAUGUGCUGAUUAAUGUUUAUGCGCCGAACAAAGAUAAAGACCAAGUGAAUUUUUUCAACAAGCUACUUUCAAUUUUGCAAAAUGAAAAUCUGGAUUCUGUUGACAACAUUAUACUAGGAGGAGAUCUAAAUUGCCCACUCGAUCCAUUACUCGACAAAAAAAGGCGGAGCAAGUAUAAAAAGGAAAUCAGUUAUCUCUUGUGUCGACGAUUUCAAAAGUAAAUUAGAUUUAGUAGAUAUUUGGAGAUCCAAAAAUCCUGACGCAAAAAGCUUUACAUGGAGUCAGAAAUCUCCCCCCAGUGUUCUGUCGUCUCGAUUACUGGUUGAUAUCUAACAAUCUGAGCGAUUUUGUUGAAUUGACUGAAAUAAUCCCAGCUGUACGAACAGAUCACGAUGCAAUUUCUUUAGAACUCGGAAAGUUAGAGAACGAAUUGAAAGGGCCAGGAAACUGGAAAAUGAACUGCUCACUGUUAGAUGAUGAAGAGUACGAAGAAGAUAUGGCCAGGAUGAUUCCACUUUGGACAGCAGAAGGACAGAAAGAAUUCACAGAUAAUCGAAUGAUAUGGGAUUGGGUUAAAUAUAACAUAAGAGCUCAUGCUAUUCAAUACUCUAAAAGAAAGGCAAAAGAAAGGGUGAAAAAGGAACUUGACCUUCAGGAAGAAUUAAGUAAAGCAAAGGGUAAACUUGAAAAUAAUCCAAAGGACCAUAACACAACCAUUAUAACGUAGUUCGGGAGAAGUUGGAGUCGUUUUACGAAGAAAAAACCAAAGGCGUAAUAAUACGAGCACGGGCUAGAUGGCAUGAACAUGGAGAGAAAAGCACAAAAUAUUUCUUAAACUUAGAAAAAAGGAACCACGUUAAAAAGCAUAUAAGAAAACUGUGCAUAAAUGGUAAAACUACAACGGAUCCGCACUAUAUACUAAAAGAACAAGAGCGUUUUUACAGGGAAUUGUACAAAAGCAGCAUUAAUAGUCCUAAUACAGGAGAGAAAAUAUCUUCAUUUUUGAACGAUCUGAAUAUUCCCCAACUUUCAGAGGAACAAAAAAAUUCCUGUGAAGGAUUGAUUUCUCCGGAAGAAUGUUCUGAACUCUUGGACAGCUUCCAGGGUAAUAAAUCCCCUGGAAAUGAUGGCAUUCCAGCUGAAUUUUAUAGAAAAUUUUGGCCUUUAAUAAGCGAAAGUUUUAUCAGGUGCGCAAAUGAAUGUUUCGAAAAAGGGGAAAUGUCAGGCUCACAAAAACAGGCUGUAAUUACUCUGCUUGAGAAAAGCGGAAAAGAUCACACUCUCCUCGAAAACUGGCGGCCGAUAUCUCUUGUUAAUGUAGAUACGAAAAUUAUGUCCAAGGUGAUCGCAGCAAGGGUUAAAAAGGUGUUACCCAGUAUCAUUCACUACAACCAGACGGGUUAUGUUAAAGAUCGUUUCAUUGGUGAAGCAAUACGUUCUAUCUUCGAUAUUAUGGACUUCACAGCUAAGGAAAACAUCCCAGGUUUACUGUUGUUUAUAGAUUUUCAAAAAGCUUUUGAUAGUGUGGAAUGGGAAUUUCUCAUUGAGAGUCUUAAAAAGUUUAACUUUGGACGAGACUUCCUUCAAUGGGUGAAAACCUUUUAUAACAACAUUCAAAGCUGUGUUAUAAACAAUGGCGUUAGUUCUAACUUCUUUACUCUGGAACGUGGUGUUAGGCAAGGUGAUCCACUCUCUCCUUACUUAUUUAUAAUUGCUGUAGAAACUUUAGCAAUUGCCAUAAGGCAAAAAGAGUCAAUUAAAGGAAUCACAAUAGGAACCGAGGAAACUAAGCUUUUACAGUUUGCAGACGAUACAACCGCUGUGUUAGCUGACACAAGCUCGGCCGAAAGGUUAUUUGAACUACUUAACAAAUUCGAAAUCAUCUCUGGACUCAAGAUUAACUGUUCAAAAACUGAAGGUAUGUGGAUUGGAUCUAAGAGACAUUAUAAAGAAAAACCAUUCGGUGUUAAAUGGCCGGACGAGCCAAUAAAAGCUCUAGGUGUAUAUUUUACUUACGACCAAAAAUUGCUUAAAGAAAAGAAUUUUAUAGAACGACUGGAUUCAAUUAAAAAGCUUAUUAAUAUAUGGUCCGCUAGAGGCUUAUCGAUAUACGGUAAGGUGACAAUAAUCAAAUCUUUUCUUAUCCCCAAGUACAUUUACGUUUGUUCGAUUCUUCCAACUCCCAAUGAAUUGCUAAAAGAAUUGAAUAAAAUACUGUUUAAAUUUCUCUGGAAAGGUGUAGAUAAGGUAACAAGAGCUUCAGUUAUAAAUGAAUACGAAGAGGGAGGGCUCAGAAUGGUUGAUCUCGAGUGCAUGGUUAAAUCAUUGAGAUUAGCUUGGUUAAAACGUAUCUUCAGUGGGACUAAUGGAACUUGGAAAAGCUACCUACAACACAUAAUGGGCUCCGUUGGGGGAUUGUUCUUUUUUAACUGCAACUAUAAUAUCUCGGAUUACACAAUUCCUUCUCAAUUCUAUCGGGAACUUUUGUUAUGGUGGUCGCAAUUUCGUGAAACGUUUGCCACUGAAGAAGACUGGAAAACCAUAAUCUGGAAUAACAAAGAAAUAAAAGUAGAAAACAAGCCGGUUUAUUAUAAACAUUAUGUUAAUGCGAGAGUCAUUUGCAUUCAAGAUCUUUUACUUAGUCUGAACAGCACUGAUUCUUAUAAU